CGCAGUACACCACAAUAUUUUUAGAUUGAUACGGAACGCCACAGAAAAACAACAAAGAAAACCGUUUAACUUAACCAACGGUUUGUAAUUCGUGUAGCUGCGUUUGUAUGUGUGAAGGAAAAGACAAUCGCCUAAUUAAAGGGGAAAAAAACGACAACAACAUAAAACAAAAGUAAAUCAAGGUGAUAUGUUUUUCAGGCGUAACACUUUCUAAAACGUUAAACAAAAAAAAGAGGAGUUCCUCUCAUGUCACAGUCGGAAGUGGUUAACAUUGUUUACUGUGACGUUCGCCUGCUCGCUGCUCGGCGGAUCUCCAGGGACAACAGAGGUGGCAUGCAGGUGGAGACAGCGAGGAGGAUGGUCCAGUGUCCCGUCCGGUGUUGACGCUCCGUACUCUCCACUGGGACCGACAGGGACCAUGAAGGACACGGGGGAAUCAAAGGACCACCAGCUGACUGUUGCUUUGAGGAUUCGACCUCUCAGCGAUGCUGAGCAGGAGGAGGCGGCUACGAUUGUGGCCCACAGAGUGGACGACCAGAUGGUGGUUCUGAUGGACCCCAUGGAGGACCCGGACGACAUCCUGCGUGCCAACCGCUCCAGGGAGAAGACUUACAUGUUUGACGUAGCGUUUGACUACUCAGCCAGCCAGGAGGAGGUGUACCGAGCUACAACCAAAGGGCUGAUUGAGGGCCUCAUAUCAGGCUACAAUGCCACCGUGUUUGCCUAUGGACCAACAGGCUGCGGGAAGACGUACACCAUGUUGGGGACAGACAAGGAGCCAGGCAUCUACGUUCGGACGCUGAAUGACCUGUUCCGUGCCAUUGAGGAGACCAGUGACGACAUGCUGUAUAGCGUCUCCAUGUCCUAUCUGGAGAUCUAUAAUGAGAUGAUCCGUGACCUGCUGAACCCAUCCUCGGGUUUCUUGGACCUGAGAGAAGACUCUAAAGGAGUGAUUCAGGUCGCUGGCAUCACAGAGGUGUCUACCAUCAAUGCACAAGAGAUCAUGGAGUUGUUAAUGAAGGGCAACAAGCAGCGCACCCAGGAGCCAACAGCCGCCAAUCAGACGUCGUCUCGCUCCCAUGCUGUACUGCAAGUGGCUGUCAAGCAGCAGAGUCGGAGUCGAGACGUCCUGCAGGAGGUCCGCUUCGCGCGCCUCUUCAUGAUCGACCUCGCCGGCUCCGAACGAGCAGCGCAGACUCAGAAUAGGGGUCAGCGAUUGAAAGAGGGGGCCCACAUCAACCGCUCCCUCCUGGCUUUGGGCAACUGCAUCAACGCCCUGAGUGACAAAAAUGGCAACAAGUAUGUCAACUAUCGAGACAGCAAGUUGACUCGCCUGCUGAAGGACUCGUUGGGCGGGAACAGCCGAACGGUCAUGAUAGCCCAUAUUAGCCCCGCCUCUGUGGCUUUUGAGGAGUCUCGUAACACGCUGACGUACGCUGACCGUGCCAAAAGCAUUCGAACACGGGUAAAGAAGAACCUGAUGAAUGUGUCAUACCACAUCGCUCAGUACACAAACAUCAUCUCAGACCUGCGCUGUGAGAUCCAGCGGCUCAAGAAGAAGAUCGCAGACCAGGCGAGCCGCCAGCUCAACUCAGACCGGGCCGACAUCCGCCACGUUCAGGCGGAGGUCCAGGCCCACUCCAGCCAGCAGAGUCGGGCGGAGAUGGACCAUCUGAGGGAGCAGCUCCUGGAUGCUUUCCGCCAGCAGAUGGAGAUAAGGAGGAGCCUGAUAGAGCUUGAAAACAGCAACAUGGAGAUCCAGAUUGACACCUCCAAACACCUGCUCACCAUUGCAGACUGGGAGCAGGAGCGCAGUAGGCGCAGGAGGAAAUGGCGGGCUGAGAGGAGGAAGGAAAGUGUCAAUAAGGAUGAAAGUGAGAAGGACUCCGACUCGCCGGAGUCUCCUCCGGACAGCACAGAGACCCAUGAGGUUGCGAUGGCCCGAGAAAACCUGGUCACACUCAUGUCUGAACAGAAAAAGAUCCACAAACAGAAGGCGUUGCUCGAGCGCAGAUUUCUGGAGCUUCGCGAUCGGGCCCAGCGCUUGGAGGAGCUGCUGCCCCGGCGGGUGAGCUCAGAGGAGCAGCGCGAGGUCUUGGGCCUCCUCUGCAAGGUCCACGAGCUGGAGAUCGAGAACGCAGAGAUGCAGUCCCACGCGCUGCUCAAGGACAACGUCAUCCGGCAGAAGAACUUUGUGGUGCAGCGCUUCGAGCAGCACAGGCACCUGUGUGACGAGAUCAUCCAGCAGCAGAGACAGUUCAUUGACGAUCACAGUCUGCUCGUACCUCCACACCUUCAGGAGCUGUAUGAUAUGUACAUGAGGGAGCUGGAUGAGAGGAAACUGGACAGAGCCAUGGCCCUCGAUAAGGUGACCAUCAGAAACACCAUCAAGGAGGGCUCUCUACCCAGGAUCACCCUGCCUGGUCAGGGUCGUGACAAUAUGCAGGACGUGGACUCAGACCAGGAGAAUGCGCGCAACCUGAGCUCUGAUAAUAGACGAGGCCAAGCCAAAAUCCGCAGGCAUACUUUGCCUCCCAUUAUGCCCGAGCUGGAGCUGGACAGUAACAGAGUUUUUAAGAACAGUCCUCACGCCAGGCAGAUGAAGAACUCUGCAGUAAUGACGCCGCCUCCCAUCCACAUUAACGGGAAGGGCAACAGAGAGCUGCAGCCGCUGGCUCCUGAGGGCUCCCUGAGCUACAGCCAUCUCAGCCACAGUGUCAGCAGCCACCUGGACUCUUCACCCGAGAGCAGUGAGGCCGGAGCUGACAUCCCCCUUUCACGAACUGAGCGGCAGCAGAUCCUAAAGGGGGUCCAGAACAUUGUAGUAAAAGCAGCCUGUCGUCGGUCCAAAGCACUGGAGCUGGAUGCCUUGCGGUUACCCCCUUCUCCCCUUGACCCCAAGAAGCAGAAAAGCAGCCUCUCUCUGAGUGAGGCGCCCCCCAGAGGUUUGCCAAUGCGCCGCGGCAGGCAGCCAAGCCCUGAGCUCAGACACGCCACCUCGGACGAUAACCUGUCCAGCAGCACAGGUGAGGGUCCCGGCCUGCAAGUGACCUGGACACGCACAAAUCAACGCCAGGUUGCCACUAAGAACCAAACACCCCGUGAAGUGGACUUUGAGGCUCGCCGCAAGAAGAGGCGCUCACGUUCUUUCGAGGUCACCGGUCAGGCACUGCCUCAAACCAAGACGACCACCGCUCAGAGGUUCCGUCCUCUGGACAGCACAUCAGACCCCCAUCUGCACAAUAACACCCAGCCCCAAGCUCCCGUCCUCCGGCCCCAGUUCAGAGGGGUCCCACCUCUCGCCAAAGUCAGGCCACCCCACAGCAAUCAGCAGACAGGCUCAAAUGCAGAGUCCUCCUCAGCCCACAUGAAUAACCUGAAGCGGGGGCCCCAGCUGCGGCAGCCCCAGCCCCUCCUCUACAUCACCACCACAGGCACCGGGGGCCAGCGCGCACGCAGACACUGAGCCGUUACCCACAAUUAUCCUCAACACCAGCACUGAAACCCCAAACUGGCUGAGCCCGAAGGGGAACUGCAUCCUGUAACUGGAGAGAGCUGAGCGCACCAAAACUCACUGUGUAAAAAUGGACCUUAACCCCUCAGUGACUCACAUUAGUCAAAACCGUGAAGCAGUAGAUGGACGCCUCCACUCUGGUCUCCUUUUGUGCUUUGUCAUGCUGGAUUACGUGUUAUCGUCAAGUCAGGAUGGUGUCAAGCUCACUGUGAAUUCAACAGCGUACUAAUGUUUGUGCAUUAUUAGUAUAUACAGUUUGCAAAAUUUCAUUGGUUGUUAUGAUGGCCAGAAACUGAAACAUCAAGCUGAUGGGGGAUAUCACACUAAUGACCAUGUCCACACUGUGUAAUGAGGCCUCCUGUUAAAUUGUCUCAGCAUCAUUUUUUUUUUUUUGCAGUGAUGUUGUUUCAAUUUAACAAACUAAUAUUUAUGUACAAAACCUUGAUUGUUGUGAACUUCUGGAUUCAAACUCAAUGUUGUAUUCUCACGCGCCCCAGGUCUAUGCCUUUUUUUUUACCCACAUGUGGCUGUUGAAAUGUCAUUUCAGUGUGUGUGUAGAUGUAUAGCACCUCAAGUUGCUUUUCCUGAUUAGUUGGCAGUGUAUUUAAUGAAUUAUUUAAAUGUUGCCUUUUCUUUUAUGUUGUCGUCAUUGACAUUGUUUUCAUAAUUACUACUUUCUAUGCUUUAUUUUGUACAUUUUUUUUAUUUGUACCCAAAUAAAUACAAAUGAAAUA